UUCGUACAGAUAUUGCAGUAUUGUAUCGUCUUCCACAGAUUGCACACAAAAUUUAGUAAAAUUCUUGAUAGUUUUUUCUUCUUCUAUAAUUUAGAAUCGGUUCGAUAAUUUUGUGAAAUUGCAUUUGGAAAUCUUGUUCGCUAUGACGUUGCUACCACCGACGGCAGAACAGCAGAAACGGAUAAACGAGGAGGUUUCGACAGAUCCAGAAACGAAGAAACGCGAUGUGGCUGCUAUACGCGAUUGGCUCUCGAAACAACCUCAUCUGCCUAACCAUAUGGACGAUACGAGGCUCGAGAGAUUUCUGUUUGGCUGCAAAAAUAGCAUAGAGAGAUGCAAAUUGAUUUUGGAACGAUAUUUCAGCGUACGUACCGCAAUUCCAGAAUUUUUUGCCGUUCGAGAUCCACUUGCACGAGAAAUUCAAGAAUGCUGCGAAGCGAUCCAAUAUUUCAUUUUACCAUCAUUAACGGACGAAGGACACCGAGUGACGAUUUUACGAUUAAAAGACAGUGCGAUAGAUAAAUUUUCUAUUCAGACCAUCUCUAGAAGGAUUCUUAUGGUCCUGGAUACUCGUCUGAUAGAAGAACAAUGUCUAUCAAAUAUUAUGGUGAUCGAUCUCGAGGGAUUUGGUGUGGUUCAUUUUACGAAAUGCAGUCCAACUCAGAGUAUUGUUCGUAAGGCAAUGUUGGCAAUGCAAGAUAGCAUGCCAUUACGACUUCAUAGAGUUCACUUUCUUCACGCUCCUGCAUUCAUAGAAAAUAUUUUAAAUAUAUUUUAUCCUUUAUUAAAAAUUCGACUGGUUCAAAAAUUUCGAAUUCAUACUGGUGGUGGUGAGGAAUUGCAUUCUUAUAUGAACAAAGAUAUACUUCCAAAUGAAUGGGGUGGGAAAGCAGGCACUUUGGAUGAGUUAAAUGACGCGUGGAAAAAGAAAAUUGAGAAAAACAGAGACUGGUUUUUGCGAGAGGAAAAGCUCAGUCGAACGAACGAAAAUGCUAGACUUCCAGAAUCAAAAACGAGACUUUUAAAAGAAUUGGAAGGAUUACAAGGUUCUUUUAGACAACUAAAUAUUGAUUAAGAUUUUUUGAGUAUAUUUUUUAUAAAUUUAUUUUUGUUUACUUUUUAUUUUUAUUGUACUUUUAUAUUGUAUUUAAGAUUGUGCCUAAUAAAAAAAUAUUAAAA